AUGCCGACAAAUAAUCGAGACGGCAUGGAUACGCCCGGCGCCCUUGAGGAUGCCGAAAGAAAUGAAAACGAUGAUAUGGCUCAGGACCUGGCGAAUGCGCUCCCGGAUUUCGGAGAUGAUAUGCACUCUGACGAGGAGGACGACGACGAUGACGCCAAGGACUCUGCAGGUCACACGGAAGAGACAGACAACCACACCAUCACCACACCCAAAGACGACCAGAGGGGUCUCAGCGCACACGCCGGCAAUGGCGGGGACGUGGGUCAUGGCUACGGAAGCAACGUGUUACACGCUGGCUUUCAGGCGGACGACGGCGGUGGUGUGCACGGGACUGAGCUCACAGGGGAGACUGCACACGCACAUGCGGAUGGCACGCAGGAGCUGAGCCUGGUGGACGCAAACAGUACCUCUGCACCGACAGCUGCGCCUGGGAGCGGGUCUGCUAGUAGUGGUGGUGCGGGUGGUGCAGAGUUUAACAGCAGCACCCUGGCACACACACCCUCACAGACGGGCGCCAGUGUGAGUGAUACUGGCAAUGCGACUGCUAUUACAGCCGCAGCGAAUGCCCUGGCGCAGUUACAGCCCCACGCCAGCUUAACUAUUGGCGUGGCCCUGUCACCGCUGGGCGUACAGUUGGGGUCGUCUGGGCCUCAGCAACCACAGCCGAGCAACCAGAGCGACCAGACCCACAACGAUGAGGUGCGGCAGAUACUACAGCAGCAACGGCAACAGAAGCAGCCACAGCAGCAGCAACGGCAACAGCAGCAGCCACAGCAGCAGCCACAGCCACAGCAGGGACAAGCAGUGGGCAGUCAACCGUUCACGUACAAUGGCGGCGCACAGAUGCCACCACAGCACCAGCAGACCACGCCGCAGUUAGAACUCAGUGAUCCCGCGAGUGUCAAGCGUAGCUAUGAUGCAAUGGUUGCCGGAGAUGCGGCGGCGGUGCAUUUGGAUAGACAAACCUCUGAGGAACGUCAUCAGGCGCAGAGACGCCUGUCGGGAAGUGUCGGGGCGGUGGGAGGUACGGAUACCAGUACAGUCGCAGGCCAGCCGAUGGCACAGCAGAACACGAGGGAGAGAAUGGCCGCACAGGGGAAAGCCGCGGAUGAGACCAAGCCGAAGGAACAGUAUCAGCACCAAGUGUCCAACGAAGGCAGUAAUAAGGCCAAUGCGAUUGGGCGGCGCACGUCGGAUCAUGCGUAUGGGGUGCAGCAGAAUUUCCUGCAGCGAACCCUGAGCCGGCAAUCGGGGGAGGGCCACCAACCACCCUUGCAACUCAGUCAACCCCAGAAGAACCAAACACAGCAACAACAACAACAUCAUCAGCAACAGUUGCAGAAACAGCUGUCAAUGAAUGCGUCAUCCCCAUACCAAAUAGCCACGCCCGGGGGACGGUUCCAAGCCAUGCCUUCCUCGGGUAUGCACAGCAACGGGCAGUUGCAGACGUUUGAUAUACAACAGGGUGUGACCCAGCAACCAGCGAAUACCCUCACACACACGAACACACACACGAGUCCGGCGGCCAACGGCGGCAGUCCGGCAGCCGUAGGGGGACAGGGACAAGCGAAUGCAAGUGCCGAGACAGGCGCAAAGAACACCCUAGACGCCACUCUGUCUAAUACCGCACCCAUGCUGAACGGAACGGCCGGCCACACGCUGUAUCCGGGUGCCUUGGGCGGGGGUGUGUACUCAACCGGACCACAGCUGAUGCGUAAUCUGUCUACUACCAGUAUAAGCAUGUCUUCCAGCGCCACCUCUCCCGCGGGUAUGCGCGCGUCGCAAACGUUGGCGCCAGGCCAGCUGAUGAACAUGGUGCAGGCCCAGAACCCCCAAGCACUCGCGCUGCAACAGUACCAGAAGCAGGUGCAGCGCUUACUGUUCUUCUACCUACACGCCCCCACCUGUCAGAAGGAGAAGGGCUGUGCCGAGGCGUGUACGACUAUGAAACGUGUGCUGGAGCACAUCAAGGGGUGUUCGGAUACCACGCAAUGUGACACGUUACACUGUACUGAGACCCGCAAGAUCAUGGCGCAUUGGGAGGGGUGCAAGCAGCCCACGUGCGGCUACUGCGAGCCUGUGCGCAGGGAGAUGCACCGCAGGCAGUCCCAAGCUUUGCUGUCGUCACAGCAGCAAGAAUCCACUGGGGCGCUCAGCCUAGCCGAUAUGUUACGCACACCGCCCCCGCCCCCACCGCAACUAGCUGAGCAGCUCAAACGGUCCAUGAGCACAGGCAUGCACGGGGGUGACACCUCCGCGUCAGUGGAUGUCUUGACGGCCCGGGAGAGGAAGGACAUUGUGAUGAAUUUGGCCAAGAUACUGGGGACGUUGAGUUCCGAGAAGGAUUCCAAUACGCUCAAUAAGAGUGCCGAGGCGCUGGAGGAGAGCACAUUUAAAUCUUCUGUGACGACGGGCGACUACUUCACCGCAAUACACUACCGACAGGUGAUCUGGCAUCGCUUAAAGGACCACCAGGGUGUUUUAGCUGAACAACAACGGUGGCGGAAUCUCUGCAACGCCAUCAUGGCCAAAAUCAAACGAGGUGAGGAAUUGACCGAAAAGGAAAAGGCCGUCCACACCCGAAUGCUAGAAGCUCAGCAAAACAGACUGCGCCAAACCCAGCUCAAAACGGCAGUCACGGGUGAUUUAGGAUCUACAAGUGGUGCUCAGGGGGUCUCUCCAGGGCCUCUGGGCGGUGCCACAGACGCCAGUACAACCGGCAUUCUCUCCAUGAACGCGGCUGGGGGUAGUGCCGCAUCGACACCUGGCCACCUGACCUCCGCCGCCUUACCUACCAAUGUACCUACCACCGUAUCCAACAUGCCCACGUCUGUGCCCGUCAACCACAGUCUCUCUACCCAGGCCAACGGCACGACUACCACACCCGCUGCCUUAGCCCUCCCCGGGCUCACAGGCAGCAUUCCCAACCUGACUGCCAAUGUACCGAACAUCCCCACACAGCCUGCUACACUACCUGCGCUUGGCGAUGCUUCUUCGGUGCUCGGGGCGCUCCCUGGCCUCUCCAGCGUACCUUCCAACAUGUCUGUGGGAUUACCAGGGUUGUCAGAACAACACCCGCCCCUGUCCACCGUGACGUCGGGGGCUUCUAGUGCGUUGCCAGGGUUGCCGGGCAGUCUGCCGGGCCUCAGUGGAUUGCCUGGGCUGCCACCUUCAGCCCAAGCACAGGCGAAUGCGCUGGCGUCUACGCUGAGUUCGUCGAGUGUGGGUAGUACUAAGAAGGAGACAAAGAAAAAACCCAAGAAGCCACCCAAGGAAAAGGCGCCGAAGGAUAAACCCAGCACGGCCAAACGCAAAAACGAUGGCACCGUGAAGAAGGAAGGUGGCACGAAGAAACCGAAGACGGUGAAGGCCGAGAAAGUUAAGGCGGUGUUGAACGAGGAGGAUUCGAAGGCUUCCAUCGCCACAGACAAAGACGCCUCUAAAGUCAGGAAAUCAGACAAGGACAAGGACACCACAAGCAAAGGCAAAUCCGACAAGAGUGAUAAAAGCGACAAACCCGACAAAAGCGACAAGGACGCGAAGGAUGCCAAGGAGAAGAAAAAGAAAGCCAACGCUGCGCGGAAGCGAUCCAAGCUCGCGUCAACAUCGUCAUUGAAAGACAUCAAGACAGAAGACGGUGUGGCUGAGUCCGUAGAUGGCUCUAGCUCCAAGAAGUCCACUACACACGAGAAUGGCACCAAACCCGCCAAGAGCAGCAAGGACGCAAAGGGUAUUAAAAGUGAGAAGGAGGCAUCUAAGGAUGCCAAACGCGACAAGGAGGCCAAGGAGAGGAAAAAGAAGGCCAAUGCGGCGCGCAAGAGGGCCAAGGCGGCGGUCAUCAUUCCGGCCAAGAAAUACACAGCAGCCGAUGUCAAGAACGAUGUCAUGGAGGUGCACAAGACGGUUAUGGCACACGAGGAGGCCUUCCCCUUUCUCGCGCCAGUCGAUUUCGUUACACUCGCUCUACCGGACUAUCUGACCGUAGUGACCCGGCCUAUGGAUUUGGGCACUAUAGAGGAGAAGCUCAACCGCGACGAAUACGCAGACCACAUUGAGUAUUGUUCCGACGUCCGGCUGGUGUUUGAAAACGCGUGGUUGUACAACAAAAAGCUCACGAAAAUAUAUAAGAUGACCACGCGUGUAUCCGAAUACUGGGAGAAGCUGAUAGCCGAGAAGAUGGAAGAGCUGGGCUAUUGCUGCGCAGGCCAGCCGAGGUUCUGGAAUCCAGGCCAGAUCUGGUGCUGUAGUGAGAUGGACGGUGGUUAUAGUCUCAUCCCCCGAGGCAUGGAAUAUCAUAACUAUACCGAUGAAUUAGAUCCAACAAAGACCUACAACAUUUGCGGAAGGUGCUACGAUGCCUCGCAAGACGGUACCAUUACGCUCGUAGGCGCUUCGGCCGAAUUGUUUAUUUAUCCCAAACAGAAUUUUGUGCCCAAACUGAACAACACCAUGGAGCAAGAACCGUGGCUACCAUGCGUCGGCUGUGGCAUGCGCGUGCAUUCCGUCUGCCGAUUACACAACAAGUUCAUGACGAAGAAGAUAUACUGCGCACGCUGCGAAAAGCUGAACAUCAAGAACGACGACAAGAAAUCAUAUGUUAAAUACUCAGCCGAAAAACUGGAGAAGUCCAAAGUGUCUGACCAUAUUGAAAUGCGAAUAGCGGAGCUGUUGGAAGGCUCCGGGUCAAACAAGGUUACAGUGCGUAUGCUCAACAACGAUGACAAAGAAUUUAGUCCAGGGCCCAUGAUUUCGGCAAGGUAUCCGGAUUUGCCCAAGUCUCUAAACUAUAGACACAAAGCCAUUUUCUGCUUCCAGAAACAGGACGGCGUGGAUGUGUGCUUCUGGGGGAUGCACCUCCACGAGUACGGACCUGAGUGUCCACAGCCCAAUAAGAAUAGGGUGUACAUUUCUUAUCUGGAUAGUAUCAAGAUAUUUCAACCGGCGGAAAAGCGAACCGAUGUCUACAAAGAACUGCUCGUGGCGUAUCUCGAGUACUGUAAGAUGGUGGGCUAUGCGUAUGCCCAUAUAUGGUCAUGUCCCCCGGGCGCCGGCGAUGACUAUAUCUUUUACUGCCAUCCGGAAGACCAGAAAACACCCAAACCAAAGCGAUUACUGGACUGGUACAAGUCGAUGUUGGCGAAUGCUAAAGAGCGUGGGAUUGUACCCGCGUGGUCGGACAUCAUCACGUGGCGCGACAACACAGAGAUCAGCACAGCGAAGAACCUGCCGCUGCUCAAGGGGGACUUCUGGCCAGAGAUACUCGAGCAGAACAUCAAGGCGUUGGAGAAGGAGAAGGUCGAGAAGCAGAAGGAGGCUGAGAAAGCCAUUGAGGCGCUGAAGAAUGGCAAGGGCAAGAGCAAGAAAGGCAACAAGAAAGCUGUCAAGAAGUUCAAAAAGAGCGCCAAGGCGAAGGGUCUGAAAGCCCAGAGCACCGAUUUGCUAAUGCAACUGGAUGAUGUUAUGAGCCGGAACAAGGACGUGUUUUUGGUGGUGUGUCUGCAAGAAGACUCCGAAAAAGCCAUCUUCAAAAGUUUUGUAGACCCCGACCCCAUCAGGAAGUCAAAGCUGAUGGACGGCCGUGACAUAUUGCUGAAUCUGGCAAAAGAGAGCCAUUAUCAGUUCGAUACGGUUAAGAAUGCAAAGUUUGCGACUAUGAUGAUCCUGUGGCAUCUGCACCACAAUGACGACGGACUGGACGUUCAUGGCUUCACUUGCAAUCAGUGCGACUGCCAUCUGACCAGUCUUGAUGCACGCUGGCAUUGCUCUACGUGUGAGGACUAUGACGUGUGUGCCGCAUGCAACAAAGCACACAAGCACGAGCACAAGCUGGAGAAGGUGCACCGCAAGAUCAUGUCUUCCGAUAAAGUCGCCACCUUGGACAGUGUUGAACUGGUAUUGGGCGAUACUGCAGGAGGCCUGGCUGAUAUGGGUCUGGGUCUCCCCGCCGCCGAGGGUGAGGGUACCGCUUUGAGUCUCGGUCCGGAAACCGGGACGGAUACUACGGGCACUGAGAAGACGGCUGAUGCGGCUGCGAGUGUGAGUGUCGAAGCCAGCGGCGGUACAGUGGCGGCUGGGCCAAACGGUGCGGUGAAGAAAGCGGCGACUGAAGGCACUACGACCAAAGCCAGUAAGAAGACGAAACAGUCCAAGAACAAAGCAUCCACCACCAAGACAGCCAAGGCCUCGGGCAAUGCCACAACCGCUGCAGCCACUGCAGCGACUACGGCUAAAGCCGCACCACCCCCCAAGGCCGAUGGUAAUACAGCGCCAGCGACGGACAGCAAGGCACCGGCGAAGGUCAAGACAGAGGCUACUGUGGCCGGUGCCGCUACUGCCUCUGAGGCGACCAAUACCAGCACCACCAAACCCGCAACAACCGCACCAACGGCAACCGCAACCGCAGCUCCGAACACUACCGCAAAUACCACCGGAAGCACGAACGCAGCCGCAGCUGCACCCACAACCGCAACCGCAGCACCGAAGACCAAGGCGCCCAUGACCGCCGCCGAGGCGCAGAAGGCGCACAUAGAGCUGGUGCUGGAAGCCAUGGUGCACAUAGGAACGUGCGAGGACGACAAGUGUACCACGGCCAAGUGUGGGCAGCUCAAGAAAGUGGUGCAGCACACACAGGCGUGCACCAUUGGGGCACCCAAGUGUCAGCUGUGCAUCCAGUUUAUGCAGCUGUGUCAGCUACACGCACGCUCGUGCGACAAGGAAUCGUGUGCGGUUAUCUACUGCGAUCUGCUGAGAGCGGAUCUGAAGCGCAAACAGCGCGAGAUGAACCAACAACGCGCAAAUGCCCAGAGCAGGCGAAUGGCCAUGCAGCUGCAGAGUGGCAGCACCCCGGCUAUGGCGACACCAGCUGGUGUGGUCAUGCGGAACCCCACACUGCCUACCGAUAUGACAUCAGCCAUGUAUCAGCAACAACUGCAGGCGGCCAACAACACCGGCACAUCACACCAGAACAUGGGCAAGGGCGGUGGUAAGGCUGCAUUGGGCGGCAAAGGCAACAAUGUGGGUGGUAAGGGUGCCGCAAGACACCCACAACAACAGCCACUCCAGCAUGCGAGCGCAGCUGUCAUUCAGCAACAACAGGCGAAUAUAAACCUUCUGCGCAGCCGUAUUACCGACCACGAGCUCAAGGUGCAGCAGGUGCGCAAUGCUAUCACCCACAACCCGGCACAGACGGCGCUGUACACACAGCAGCACCAGAAACUCACGGCCUCGCUGCAGUACCUGCAACAGGAACUGCGAAAAAUCGAGCGGCUGCAGAUGCAGACACGUACCGCUGCGGUCACUCAGGCCCAGGCCCAGGCACAGGCCCAGGCGGCGCAACAGCAAGGUUUACAACAGCAACAACAACAGCAGCAGCAACGACACUUCGCUCAUAACCAGAUGCUGAUGCAGAACCGCAUGACGGGCGCAGCAGACCCGCAGUACAGUGCGGCGGAUAUGGCGGUUGCUGGUACAGGUAUGGCGGCUACACCCAUCAGUGGGGCGCUGGCACAGAACCAGGUGGGAGCGGCUGAACACCAUCAGAAGAUCAAGAAUCUGAUUGUGAAGUACAACGAUGUCAAGAAAGAAGCCCUGACGCUGAUCUCGCGCAUCGAAGAGCUCAAAAAGUACAUCCAGGACGAGACCAAGAAGGAACAGGUCCAGGCCAAUGGCAGGCCCAAACCCAAUUCACCAGGUGCAGGGCAGGAGUCGGGCAAGGCGUUGUCCCGCACCUCCACGACUAGUGCGCUGGCCAAGAAACCCAGCGUGGACAACGGAACGAAAGCGCUGGAAGGGCUGGACAACACCACAACAGAUGGCUCAGGUGCAGCACAGGCUCAAACGGCGACCGGUGGGGCGGUUGCGCAAUGGGGUAGCAUGGCGAAUGCGAGGCAGCUGAAAGCCGAGUUGGAGAAGAAGCUGUUCAACUCGUACUGCAACAUACAGCGACUCAACGACAUCUUCUUGGGGAUAGCGGCGAAAACUGGCCGAGAAGGACACAAGUCCUUCAGCCAAGGUCUGCGGAGUCUGGUGUCCAAGGGUGCGCAGGUACCCGAGAAUGUGAAGGAGCAGCUGCGACAGCUCGGUAUGCAACAAGCGGCGCAACGGGCGCAGGAAGGCACCAACCCUGCCAUCACAGCACCUCCCGCUAAUACAAACACAGCCAAUUCAGCGGCCACACCCACACCCACACCAACCACGCCGGUGCCCACCUCGAGCGCCGUUGCACCUGGCGCACAGGGGACCUGGACCGGUAGUACAGGCGCAGCGGAUUCUGCGGGUCAGACUACUGGGACAUCGGCACCCAAUGCGGCAGGUAUGGGUGCAGAGAGUGCCGCCGGAGGUAACAGUAAGACUGCAGUGACCACUCCCAGCGUAUCCAACGUAUCUACUACUGGGACAGCACCAGAGAAUACGGGGGCCAACACGGGUACAAAAGCUAGCAUUGGUGCCAACGCCGGGGUAGGUAUCACACGAACUUCAACGGGGAAUGUAUCGCUAGCGGGUGCGGGACAACAAGGGCAGACCCAGACACAUGCACAGGCGCAGGCACCACAGCAGCAAAUGCAAAUGCAAAUGCAAAUGCAACUCGAGCAGCAGCGGCAGCAGAUGAUGCUACAGCAAAUGCGGCAGCAGAUCCGCAAUCAGCCCAAUCUGCAGACACCCGAGGCUCUGCAUCAGGUGAUUGCGAACAUUGUCGCCGCCUAUGCCAAGGCCCAGGCGAUGGGGGACACGGGGCUGAUGUCAAAGCUACAAACACGGCACACAGUAUAUACCAAUCAUCUGCAGGAGAUCGUCCAGCUGCGCCAGAACCAGCAGCUACAGCAGCGGCUGUCGCAGGCAGGCACGCCUGCAAGUGCAGCGCCUGACCAGACACAGCUGCAGCAGCUGGCUGUCUCGCGUGUUCCCUCAAACACUCAGACACAGACCGUUGCACAGCAUACUGCCGAUGCGACUCAGCAAGCCCAGGCGGUUACACCCACAAUGACCGACAGUCCUUCCGCACCCGGAAGUGCGGGUGCAGGUGCAAGCGCAACCGUGCCCCAGCCGUACGCGGGUCAAUUUGGGGCCCAAACGCACCAAAGUGUCCAGGCUGCCAUAGCAGCACUGCCUCGGGCGCAGCAGCUGCGGCUGCAGAGCGAACAGGGACAGCACCAGCUCAGAAACCUUCAGGAUCAGCAUAAGUACCUGGACAAGCUCACGCAAGAGCUACGCAGUACCAAGGAGUGGAUCAUGAACGCGAAACAACUACAAGCGCAACAGCCGGCGCGUGUGCAGGCCGAGGAUGUGACGAAGGCUAUCCAGCAAUACCACAUGCUGAGCUUGCACUUGCAGGUGUUGACCUUUAUCACACCGGGACGGUUCCAGAUGCAGCUACAGGCGCACCAGCAAGCACAGGCCCAGGCCCAGGCCCAGGCCCAGGCAAACGCCCAAGCACAAGCCCAUGUACACGCACAGGCUAACGGAGCGACACCCAGCUACAAUCCGGCGGUUGCGGUGACGGCCGCUAUGCAGCAGCAGCAAAUGUACCGACAGCAACUUCAGCGGCAACAGUUGGCAGCUCAACAGAUGAGCGCGGGACAACAACCGGGGUAUCUACUGCCACAGCAACAGAUGGCGCAGUUGCAGACAACGAGACCGUUGCAACAGUACCAGCUACAACCGCACUACCAAUUGAAACAGCAACAACAGCAACAGCAGCAACAACAACAACAACAACAACAGCAACAGCAGCAGCAGCAGCAGCAGCAACAACAACAGCAGCAGCAACAACAACAGCAGCAGCAGCAACAACAACAGCAGCAACAACAACAGCAGCAACAACAACAGCAGCAACAACAACAACAACAGCAGCAGCAGCAACAACAACAACAACAGCAGCAGCAGCAGCAACAGCAACAGCAACAGAUGGUGCAGGCUGCGAAUCAGGGCUUUGCUGUCACCAACACUCCUUUGACGGAAGGGGGCCUGUCAUCUCCGGCUAUAGGCGCAUUGGCUACGGCACCAGGACAAACGCAAACACAACUCCAACCACAGACUCAAGCACCCACACAUGCACAACAACAGCCACAGACACAAACUCAAGGACAAUCUCAGAUGCAUACACAACCCCAGGCGCAGGUACAGCUGCAACCACUGACGCCGAUUGGCCUGACAUCGACGCAGAUGCCGAACUCUGUCGCAGCACCAGCACAGAGCAACCCUGCGGCAACGCAAGUGGGCUUAACCCACCAAGCAACAGGUGCACAACAGUCACAGCCACAGCAGCCAGCGUCCUUACACCCUGUCCCUGGCGCAGCGCCUGGCCUCCAGACGGUUGCUAUAACAACGACAGGGCCUACUAGUACCCCUGCGGCCCAGAAUACAGGUGCAAGCGGUCCAGACGGGAGUGUGGCUGCCGUGACUACUGCGGGAUCUGUAGGGAAUAGUGGUGUGGGAAGCACCCCCGCAGGCUCGCAAGGUGCACCUGCACCUGCACCCGUUCCUGCAGGACAGGUGCAACCAAUUGAUUCUGCUGCGGCCAAUGAGCCUGGCAGCGGUACAGCAGCUGAUAAGGCCGACACGGCAACAACUUAGAAAAUUAUUAUAUAGGCUGUCUAUGCAUACAUAUCGGUCUAUAAGCGUCGGUUCUAGUAAGGAUGCACCACGCACAGUCGGAUGUAUAGAUAGUAAUGUAACAUGCAUGCGGACGAGAAAUGUGCAAGCAAGCACACCUGCAUGCAAGAGCGUGGUCUUAUAUUAUAUAGAUAAAGUGCAUGAUGGCAUAGGAGUGAGGUUGUAGCCACUGGUAUGGCCAUCCUCACAUCUCUGAAUAAAUUAUGUAUUAACUAAAU